AGGACAGAGGAGUGCAGAGAUAGGAGAGAGAGAGAAAGAGAGAGGAAAACAUGAGAAGAGAGGAAGGCAAGAGAUGGUUAACAUAUGAACUGAGGAAAAAAGGGUGAGAAAGCAAUUCCAAAGGUAUUCCGGGAGGAGCAGCGUUGAACAAGACUGACCGGCGCAGUCCAGCAGCAGCUUUCAUUUAGAAGUAAACUAAGGAGGCACCUACACUGGAAACUCCUCAGCACGACUAGUUCCAGACGAACCUCUGAUCAAAGACCGACUCGAACACGCCUCUGUGGACUAUACCACAUCACCCCGACGCCUGAGAGCAGCCGCUAAGAAGCUGCUUCUCCUAAAAGUCCUCAAAAAAGCGAACAGAAACAGGACCACCGGAUGGCUGUCCCGUGAUGGGCUUCUCAGCACAGCUGACUGUAGAUCAGAGGUCACGCACUCAGGGAAGGAGGUGCUUCCACGGCACUGUGGCUACAGACGCUCUGUGACGGCCGGGUACGUUGGAACUUAAAAUAAGACGUUAUAAGAAGCGUAGCCUCGGCACAGCACGCUGUUCAUGCGAUCUGCCGUUCCGGUUCUUUCAUCACUGCAGCAGCCGCAAAAAAAAAUCUGGAUUUUAUUGUUGUAUUUUUCUUGAGGAACUGUUAGGGAGUCUUUCAACUCAUCCUGGAGUUGACCAACUCAUUUCACUUUUAUUCUAACCUCUGAGCAUGAGACAUGCCGGAGUGGAACAAUGCCUCCUCUUAAGGAUGAGGAGUGGUGUCACCGCUGGAAUGCUGAUAUGUCUGAUUAGCGCGCGUAUCUGAGCCCGAGGGUCAGCGUCGCACGCUGAGGGCAGGGAAGGAGUCUGCCUCCCAUCAGGUCUGAGGCUAGCAGAGCAACCGGCGCUCAUCUGCUUACCUGCACACAGGAGGGAGGGGGCCAAAGACGAAGACGAGGGGAGAAGAGAGAGGAGGAAGAUCUGGCGAGAGCUCACGAAACGAGGAGUCGCAACUCGGGUCCAGAGUCCGGUGAGGCCACUCGCUCCCCUCGUCGCCGUGCUCCUUUGUUUUCUCCCGGGGUUAUGAGUCAAAUGGAGGUGCUGUGAUCUUCUGUCAGAUCGGGGCCGAGGGCGUGCGCCCGAGAAAAACAGCCACCAGGGAAAGGGGCGCUGCUCGGCACGGCAACAGUGGAAGAUGCCCGAGAACAAGCAGGCGGUGCAGCGCACGGGGAGCUACCUCUCCCACUCUGCUUACAGGAGAAUUAAAAGGGUUCUAAGCUUUAGGAGACGUGUGUUCGGGCAGCGGUUGGAGGAGACGGUGCUGUACGAGCGUCGCUAUGGCGAUCACAUGGCUCCUCUGGUGGUGGAGCAGUGUGUGGACUUCAUCAGGGAACGUGGGCUUCUGGAGGUGGGGCUCUUCAGGCAGCCUGGCCAAGCAACACUAGUCAAAGAACUGCAAGAAGCCUUUGAUGCAGGGGAGAAACCUUCCUUUGACAGCAGCACAGAUGUCCACACAGUGGCAUCUCUACUGAAGCUGUAUCUCAGGGAGUUGCCUGAACCAUUGGUGCCAUUCUCUCGCUACCAAGAGUUUCUUAUGUGUGGCAAGAAGAUGCCCUCCGACAGGGAGCAGGGAUUGCUGGAACUGAAAACCCUUCUUCACGAGCUUCCAGUAGCCAAUUUUAACCUGUUAAAAUACAUCUGCCAGUUCUUAAAUGAAGUCCAGUCCUACUCUAGCACCAACAAGAUGAGUAUACAGAACCUGGCUACUGUUUUUGGGCCAAAUAUCCUCCGACCCAAAGCUGAGGACCCAGAGAGUAUUAUCGGAGGGGCGGCUGUGGUGCAGCACUUGAUGUCAGAGCUGAUCAGAGAGCAUACCAUGCUUUUCUCAAGGGAAAACCGAUGCAGUCCUCCAGGAACCUCUGUACCAGCCUUUGUUCCCACACACAGGCAACACGAUCGGGUCGAGUGGGUGUACACCGAACCCUCUGCCCAUCCAAGCGAGCAUCAGCUCAGAAUGGGCAGCGAUCGAUUGGCCCAGCCAGCUGCGACAUCCACGUCAUGCUUGCGAAAGCUCUCUCUGCCCCUUACUACCGAGAGGAGGCCGUCUCGCCAAAGCUCUCGCGCCCAACGGCACCUAUCCGAGUCACAGCAGUGGCAGCCCGAGGCCUCUUCUCCGACGAGCUCUUGUCUGCUGUACGAGAACCACAGCCCGUCCCUUUCGGCACGGGCGUUUCCCCACACAGCGCUCGUCCCUCCCACAAUGCCACCCACUGCCUCUUCCUCCACGACUGCGGUGUCGGACACCAGGGAUGGGAGCCGUGCGCCAUCUCGCAGCUGGCCUGCUCAGGGGCAGUCCGGCUGGGAGGCCGAGAGAGCCUUUAGGGACAGCGUUGGUAGCAGCGAAGCUCAGGAAAGCACCCUUUCUGUAUACGACAACAUGGGCCCAGAAGGACGAGUGGCCGGAUGCGCAGGGGAUGGCCAGGCGCACGGGGGCGCGGGGGACCUGGAAGGCUGCGCCGGCAGCAUGGCCGACAGCAGCAGCUCCUGGUCCUCCUGCGAGAUCCUGCUCACAGAGGGAGGCAAUAUUUGCAAAAGAGCUGCCAGCCCCUGCCACAGCCCGUUAUACUUCCCUUCUUUCAGGUCAGACCCUGAAGAAGGAGACCGACACCCCGACUCCCCAGCUCCCUCCUCCGCCCCCACCGAUGCCCCUCUGAGCACAGGCAGCAGCGACGUCUUUCUCCCAAAUGCACCCCCAGACCCUGCUGCAUCCCAAUCAAUGCAGUGUGUCCUGGUGGGUCUUCGGCAGCAAAUGGCCCGGCAGAAAGCAGAGUACGAGUCCAAGAUCAACAGGUUGGAGCUACAAAAAGAGGCUCUCCAGGGUCAGGUGUCGGGGCUGCACACCACUCUGGAACAGCAGCGCCAGUGGAUCAGCAUGGCCGAGAUCAAGAUGAGAAACGUUGAGCGUGCUCGGGCCGACGCGGACCGGCGAAACGCCACGCUGCAGCAGGAGAUGGAGCAGUUCUUCCACACCUUCGGCGAGCUGAACUCCGAGGCGCGCAAGACGGAGCGCAUCGCUCAGAGCUUCUGAGGCUCGCGGGCACCGCUGCCAACGGCGCUCGCACAUUCUGAAAAGUGUCGGGCUCGUAGCGAUGGUUAAAGCCUGCCGCAGCCCCGGGGGACAGACUGCUCAUUCUCCGACGAGGAGAAACCCAGAGGACCAGCAUGUUUUAAACCAAAGGGUCAAAUGGCUGAGAGAUGGCAGGUACUCAGAGAUGGUGAAUGACACAAAAGAAGGCCAAGAGGUACAUCUAAGCAAGCAUGGAUAUCUUAAAUAACACACUGUAGAGUGAAUCUUGUGCUGUAUUGAGACUAGGCUUAAUCUGGGCAUAUGGCAUGCCAAGUCAGAACCUACUUAGAUUUUGAUGUAUGGUUUCAUGUACUGACUAAACUCAAUGAAAUCCAAAGCUAGGUUCUUUAAUGGACAGCUCACCGCAUUUUUUUCAAUAACUAUUCAAAAACCAUGAAGUAACGAAAACCCUUACAUUUACAUACAUAUGUACAUACUGUAUUUAAACCAAUAUGCAUUUAUACGGAAAUAAAAAAUAUAAGAACCGUAGACUAAA